GCCAGAUUCCAAGCCAUUUCAGGGGAAUAGGUAUUGAAGACGGCAUUUGCCUUGGGAUUGAUAUUAGCCGCGAAAUUGCCAAACAAUAAUCCUCAUCUCUUUUCCCCGUUGCCAUGGUCAGCACGUGCUGCGCCCAACGAAUGCACCACGAAUGCACCACGACACACACUGCAGCGUCGAAACCAAGCCAUGUCAUCCAGUCGUCUCGUUUCGCCAGGCCCAAAGCCGUUUCUGCAGCCAGCCAGAAAGAAAGAAAAACGCCCACCCGCGGACCCGAGGCCGCGUUGCCCGGUUCUGCUAGGCCCGCAUGCUUGCUGCUACCACUGCUUCUAGGGUGUUCCCGCCGUGAUGUUCCUGCAGCCCCUCUCACCGACACUUUCGCCGCGAGCCAAGUCGUCCAAGGCUGGAGCCAGGCCGUGGAGCCCAAGGUCGUGGGCUCGUGGAGCUCGGCGACGGCCCCGCGGCGGCCAAGGCGGCUCUGGAGUCAUGGAUCGAUGGAUCGAUGGAUCGAUGGAGCUGGAAACGGCCGAGAGUCGGCUGGGCGCUGCAUCAACCACUGUGGCGACAUGGCAUGGCCAGCGCCGGGAGCCUGGUGAACCAUCCAACACCGGCACUCUUAUCAUCUCGGUCUCGUCACAUCACACUUCCUCUUGCCUCUUCUGACGCUGAGCAGCCGGAUCCGCAGGGGUGUUGACGCUGCUGCUGUCACCGGUGCUGCAAGCCGCUGCACCUAGAAGCACCUAGAGCACCUAGUAGAGCAUGGGAGGUUACUUGGGAAAUCGCCUGUCUGGUGUUACACAAGACAUCAACCCUGGAUUGCGUUGGGAUCAU